UGCGGCUGAGUGGCAGCUUCCAUCCGGUGGGUUUUGCUUGGCGCACCCGGGAGGCGGGGCCAGCGGGGCAAGAUGGAGUUAGUGCAGGUCCUGAAACGCGGGCUGCAGCAGAUCACCGGCCACGGCGGUCUCCGAGGCUAUCUACGGGUUUUUUUCAGGACAAAUGAUGCGAAGGUUGGUACAUUAGUGGGGGAAGACAAAUAUGGAAACAAAUACUAUGAAGACAACAAGCAAUUUUUUGGCCGUCACCGAUGGGUUGUAUAUACUACUGAAAUGAAUGGCAAAAACACAUUCUGGGAUGUGGAUGGAAGCAUGGUGCCUCCUGAAUGCUCUCUUCCUGCUUCUGCUGUCUUGCUGACCCACGCUGCUGCCCCAAGCUUGGGACUGGGCCUGAGAAGGGAGGAGUUAUUCAUCUCUUCAAGCUUUCAGGCCUCAGGAAGAAUCUUUCAGUAAGCCAUGGUACAUACUUCGGCUUUUUGUCUGAAUUUAUUUGGAAGUCACUGGAAGGUAAGAUAGGGUUUUUUAACAUUUGGAAUAAUCCCGAACUUUCAGAAUUAUUACUAAUAUUUUAAUAAAAGUAAGUUGCCAAAUUGAUGCCCCAUCACUCCUGAAUACUUUAGUGUGUACGUCUUGCAAACAAGAACAUUGUCCUACAUAACCACAAUAUGACCAUAAAUAUCAGGAAAGUAACAAAGAUACACUAUGAAAGGGAGGCAAAAUUUUACCCUUAUCCUCUUAGGGCUUUUUGGUUGGGCUUGAGAAUUAAAGACAUGUUAACAGGAGAAAAGCAUACAAAUUUAUUUAAUAUAAGAGUUCCGUGAUGUGGAGCCCUCAUAAGGGAUGAAGACCCAAAGAUGCAGUUUAUGUUGAACACUUAGAUACUGAAUUGGACAAGGAGUAGAACACUGAAAAUGAGAAGACAAAGGGACUUGGGCUUGAGUAAGUUAAUUGGGUGGAGAAGUGACUAAGAAGAUAAAAGUUAAUUUAACAAAGUUUGUGCAGAUUUCCCUUGACCUCAAUUUCCUGUCCUUGAUGUAGAAUGAUAGUUUCCUUCUGGUAUAGGGAGGAUAUCUUUGAUGUGGGAAUUUUUUCUCCUGCUUUCAGAAAGAAAAAGGCUACAUUAUUCUUGUGCCUGCUGUUUUUCUUUACCUUUUUUUUUUUUUUUUUUUUUUUUUGAGACAAGGUCCUGCUCUGUCACCCAGGCUGGAGUGCAGUGGUACAGUCUGCAGCCUCGACCUCCUGGGCUCAAAUGAUCCUCCUAUCUCAGCCUCCCAAGUAGGUGGGAUUACAGGCGUGUGCCACUACACCUGGCGAAUUUUUGUAUUUUUAGUAGAGACGGGGUUUCACCAUGUUGGCCAGGCUGGUCUUGAACUCCUGGCCUCAAGUGAUCUGCCUACCUCGGCCUCCCAAAGUGCUGAGGUUACAGGCAUGAGCCACCACACCCAGCCGUGCCUGCUGUUGUUCAAGUGCCUUUAACUCAGCAUAGUCCAUAUGCCAGAGCUGCAUAUUUUGGAGCAGUGUGUUCUGAACUUCAGCCACUCAGGUUUCGUCAGUUGUCCCAACAGUGUCCUUUAUAGAGAGAUCCAAUCACACAUUUCAUAUGGAUCUCAAGUUCUUUAGUCUCCUUCACACUUGAUUGGUUCCUCAACUUUUCUGUGAUUUCCAUGACCUUGACGCUUUUGAAAAUUACUUGACAGUUAUAUUGUUGAAGGUCCCUCAGUGAGUUUGUUGAAUGUUUCCUCAUGACUAGGUUCAGGCUAUGCUUCUGUGACAUUCCUGUCACUGAAGCCAUGUUUUUCUUGUUGCACUCUGUUAAGUAGCAGCUGAUUUGUUUUUGUCCUAUUAUUAAUGAAAACCUCUAUCACUUGAUUAAGGGGUUGGCCGGUUUUCGCCAUUCUAAAGUUACUAAUUUUCCCUUUGAAAUUAAUUAGCAUUUUGUGGGGAGACACUUUGAGGUUAUGUAAGUAUCCCCUUACUCAUCAAAGCUUUAAUUCAUUAUUUGUAUCUGUAUCAACUCCUAUUUUAAUCAAUGGGUUAUAAUCCAUUGCUAUAAAUGGUUCUUUUAUUGUUCAAAUUGGGCUCAAUUUGACUAGUUGGAACCCAUUCAAGCUGCAUUUGGAGUUCUUUGGAGGUUUUUAGAGGGGAGGGGUUCUCAGUUUUUAAAAAUAUUUUAUUUGAGACAGGGUCUCACUCUGUCACCCAGGCUGAGUGCACUGGUGCUUUCACAGCUCACUGCAGCCUCAACCUCCUGGGCUUAAGCCAUCCUCCUGCCUCAGCCUCCCAAGUAGCUGGGACUACAGGGGUGCAUCACCACAACCUGCUGUUUUUUUUUUAGGAGAUGGGGGUCUCACUGUGUUGCCCAGGCUAAAAUUUUAUUUUUAAUUGACAAAUAAUAAUUGUAUAUAUUUGUGGGGUACAAUAUGAUGUUUUGAUACAUGUUUACAUUGUGGAAUGAUUAAAUCAAGCCAAUUAAUAAAUCAGUUACCUCACAUACUUAUCAUUUUUUUGUGGUAAAAACACUUAAAAUUAUUUUAGCAAUUUCCAAAUAUACAGUGAAUUAUUUAUUACAGUCACCAUUCUGUGCAGUACAGCACUAAAGCUUAGUCCUCCUAACAGAAAUUUUGUACUCUUUUAUCAACAUCUCCUCUUUCUUAUACUCUCCACUCCUCCUGCCCGUGGUAACCACCAUUCUACUCUGCUUGUUUUUUUUUUUUUUUUUCUUUUGAAGACAGGGUCUUGUUCUGUCUUCCAGGCUGGAGUUCAGUGGCACAUUAAUAGCCCACUACAGCUUCAAUAUGCUGUGCUCAAGCGAUCUUCCCACCUCAGCCUCCUGAGUAGUUGAGACUAGCUAAUUUAU